AUGUGGGUACAAUAUUUGGCUAGCUCCAAAAGCACUGUGUCGGAAAAAUCCGUGAUGCCUUAUAAUAGUAAUGGAUUACAAGGCUGGCGGGAGCUAUUGCACAGGAGUGUUGGGAACAGAUGGACAUGCUAUGGAAAGGUGGCGCUUCGCGUUUACAAGCUGGGACAGGCUCCUAAGGAGUGGGAAAGGCGACGCAAAUUUCACGCAACAAAGGCUACAUUUCGCAUGACGAAGCUGGGAGAGGUCGUGAGCUGUGGAAAUGCGAUGAAAGAUUCAACUUCUCUGUUUCACAACGCUUCCAAAGACGAGAUAGAACACCUACCUGAAGACUGGACAUCUACAGAACACGUUGACGUCUGCGACAGCUGGAACGACGAGGUAUACACAUGUCCAAUGAAAACCGCGAAGGGCCAGCAAAAUGUAAUGGUCAUGUACAUUUUGAUUACUCACCUUACAUCGAGUCUUCACGUACCCAGCGGAAAGUAUAGACAAGUCAAUAAGCAAGUCAAAACAAGAUGGACAUGCUAUGGAAAGGUGGCGCUUCGCGUUUACAAGCUGGGACAGGCUCCUAAGGAGUGGGAAAGGCGACGCAAAUUUCACGCAACAAAGGCUACAUUUCGCAUGACGAAGCUGGGAGAGGUCGUGAGCUGUGGAAAUGCGAUGAAAGAUUCAACUUCUCUGUUUCACAACGCUUCCAAAGACGAGAUAGAACACCUACCUGAAGACUCCUAA